AAGCCGGGGCCCGGCGCGGCGCUGAGGGGCGGGCGGCGGCGGUGCGGGCCGGGCUCGGCGCUGCCGGGCAUGCACAACAAAGGCGAGAGGCGAGGCGCCGCGUGCGGGCUCUGCAGAUCAUGUUAUAACCUUUGAUCACAGAAAGUCCCGAUCACGUUUCUCUGCUGUCACCUGUGGGCUCCUCCAGAGCCAUGAAGAAGGGGGAACUCCAGCCCCACCAUGAGAAGACUGGGUCUUCUGCGCAUGGCAACUCAACCCAUGUGAGAGUCCACUUAUGUGAGUACCCAGCAGCACACUUUGCUGUCUGUGGACAUUGACUGCCAUCUAAGAGACAACCCAGCUCCCUCCUCUCCCCUUAGAAGCCACUGUAUUAGCCUCCAUGUGCAUUUGCUAUGACAUACAUCAAUGUUGAUGAGAGACAGGAACACUGCCGGGUGAUCUUGAGCUGCCAAAAUAAUCAGCUCUGUGCGCAACAUGGCUUAAAGGAGUUUUCAGUUAGCAGCAUGCAUCCACUAAAGAACUUAGACACUCAUAUUUUUUCUGGGGACUUCCACACUCUGCACUCUUGCCACACAGGCAAGGCGCUUUUGGCCAAUCCUGUGGAAAAACGGAUGUAUCGGAGCGUGGAGAACCUUCACUGGGCAACAGUAGCUGACUCUGGGCUGUAUUCUCACUGCCGGAGCCUGGAUAAUGAGAUCAUCUUUCGCUAUAGAGGCACCCGUCAGUGGUCAGAAGGCUGUGUGGAUGUGGCCCCUGUACGGAGCACAUUGGACUCUUUGAGAAAUCUUUCUAUCCGUCCUAAACAGACAUCACAGUCAGCACAGAAUGUGCUCCUCCCUCCCUAUGUCAAAGUGCCUCAGUGGCUCUUCCCUUCUGCAGAGCACAGAGCCCUACGCGAGGAUGCCAAAAAAGAGUUGAAGGAGAAGCUGAGGCUGAACAGCAAUAAAGUGGCAGAGCCCAGCAAGCCAGUACGUCCACAGGCAGCCCUGACUGACCUGGCAGCACAGGAGUUUUCUGAAUGCCAGAUGUGCCAGCAGUACAAGAACGGUUGUGCUGUCAGCUGCUGCACGGUUUUGGUGGAACAUGCUGCCCUAAGACAUGGCCUCACAGGGAGACAGAGACUCUGUGUCGCACACAGGAUCAUCAGUCCAGAAGACAUCAAACAGGAGGCUCAGAGGAGGCUUCGGCUCCACAGGCAGAAUAGCUCCCCUAGCUUGCCCUUCCAGCAUGCUGAGGAAAGCCAUGAGAUGGAGAAAUCCAGAACAGCAGAAUCCCUGGAACGACUCAGUGGGGAAAAAGAUGUCAAAGAAACACUGGGGCAGAGCAGGAAAAGCCACUGCAAAGGGAGGCUGUACAUACCCACCUUUGAGGAAUUCAAACAAAUGAUAAAUAAGGAGGCAAAUUCAUCUGCUGGCAGCACUGAGACAACAAAGUGCUUGAGUGAGGGGCUGCUUCCAAACCAGCCCCUGGAUGAGGAAAGCAAUAGGAAUAUCUGUCCAGAAGGUUUGGGAACCAAAGCUGUGAAUGAAGCUGCCAUCGCAGUAGAGGAUGAUGAUGAUGUGUUCCAAGAAAACCACACCUCUGCUGGUUUUUUGCAAUAUCCAGUCACGUGGGAUGGUUUCAGGCUAAGCAGCCCUGAAGUUAAGGACAGAACUGUCCAGAUCUCCAACCUGGAUAUGUCCCCGGUCCCCAUUUGCUCUAGCCCUAUUCCACGAUCACCUUUGCAGGCAGUAGCAAUACACAGAGUUGGGCAGGAGAUCUUCAGUGGUGAGCAGCAGAAAGGAGAGACAAGACAAUUAAAUGAUGUCCUCCACCUUGCAGGGCAGUCACUGGCUUCUGAAGCCCAGUCCUCUUGCUGUCCAUCGCUGCUGUUAGAAGGCGCAGACUUGUCAAGCUAUGGAGCUAAGCUACAAAAAAUGAAGGAUGAAUUCAUAGGUUCAGCCCUGGAACUUAUUAAGAAAAGCUGCAAUGCUGAGACUGCUGCCAGAUCUCCCUCUGAGGGACAGUGUGAUCUGAAGGAAGACGAUCGCCCACCUCCAGAGGACAGCCAGCAAGCCACAGCAAUGUCCAUGGCAACAGAGAGCUGGGAGGAUAAGACAAGCAAUGAGAAAUCCAGUGAUACUCAACCUGCAGGGAAUACCUCCAGUCCCAGCUGCCGCCGAUCCAGCUCUGACAUCGUCCAUGAGAGCACGGAUGGUGCCAAGGCCCAGAGGGAGUGCCGGCUGCGGCCGCAUUUCAGUGACCCCAUGCCAACAGACUCAGUGAAGAGGAAGCAGCUGGAGCUGAAGAUUGCAGCUGCAGCACGGCAGCAUGCACAGAAACGCCGGCAGGAGCGAGACUACGGUCCAGUGGUAGCAAAAGCCAACCUUGGCCAUGGCAGCAGCUUUGACGAGACUCGCCGUGCCCCACGUGGCUCCCUCCGUUCCAGACAUCACUGGAGCAAUGUCAGCAGCCUGAGCACAGACAGCGGGAUUGUGGGCGUGAACGAUGUCCGUGAUGACCUGGAUCCCAGUGAGGCCACCCGGACCAAGUCUGCAGAAGUGGAGAGGGCAGACAGUGGCAUUAGCCAGAUGUCAGCCAGGAAGUGGAGGAACAGGGCAUCUGAAACACUGAGCUCCCUGCAGGCCUGGGAAGCCCACCGGCCCUGUACCGACUGUGGAGAAAGGGACCUCCCAGUAGAGACAGAUAUGCAGAACUGCAAUCAGAGGAGGGCUGACCUCUGUGAGAAGUGUCGCAAGCGCAGGACAGAGCGCAAGGAGUCGGUGCUGGAGUUUGUCAACACGGAGGCCAGCUAUGGAGAGGACCUGCGCAUCAUCAAAGAGGAGUUCUAUCUCCCCAUGCAGGCAGCUGGGCUGCUGAGUCAGGAGCAGCUUCUUGGCAUCUUCAGCAAUAUUCAGGAGCUCAUUGACCUCAAUGAAAGCUUCCUGGAGAUACUUCAGGAAGAGAUCGAUCAGGCCUUUGAUCAGGGGGAUGAUGACCUGAUGACCGUGUGCAUCGGCGAAAUAUUUCUAGAGUUCGUCAACAUGUUGCCAGCCUUUCAGACCUACUGUCUUCAGCAGUCCUCCUCUGUGAACAUGCUCAAUGCUCUGGAAAAGGAGAAAGAGUUGCUCAGAAUAUUCCUCAAUGUGUCCCAGAAUGACAACACAGCACUGCGACGGAUGAAUUUGAGGUCCUUUCUGAUGGCCCCUUUGCAAAGGGUCACAAAGUACCCACUGCUGCUCAGCAGAAUCAUCAAGGCCACCACUGAGUACCACCCAGAUCACGGCAGCCUGCGGGAGGCCAAGAGCCGCAUCGAGUCCCACCUGGAGCACAUCAACAUGAAAACCAAGCAAGAAGGAAACACGUGGACCCUCCGUUCUUUUCGCCAAGACAGCAAGAAGAAGAGGGAAGUCAUCAACAUUGAAAUGAGGGAAACUGCCCUCAAAACUGUGGGAUGGCUGCGGGAGGAAACACGAUUUGUCAUGGAGGGGUCUCUGCAGCUGGCCCAGCCCCCUGACGGCCAGUGGGUAAAGAAAGGCAGCAAGACCCUGAAGUUUCAGAACAUGCAGGUCCUCCUCCUGGUGAAUAUGAAACGUGUGUCUGAAUCCAGCCUGGAGUCAGCUGAGCCCGGGCCUGUGAAGGAUGCCGUGCUGGUACUCAUCAGGGACAAAAAUAAUGGGAAAUUCCAUUUGCUCAGGGAGCCCUUGAGGCUGAGUAAUUGCAUUGUCUCCACUGAUCCUGACUGUGACGACACUUUUGAACUCAUUGAAAUCAGGAGGGAGGCGUUUGUGUUCCGGGACAGCGACCGGGCACGGACUCACCACUGGUUCCGGCAGAUCAGGCGGUACUCGCGGGAGUUGGGCUCCUGGAAGAAGCGUCGGAACGCGCUGCCCAACAUCAUGAUCAGCACGCCUCAUACCAGGCCCUGAGACCUGUGUGGGCAGCACGCAGUGUCUUGGCCAGAGCCACGUGCGAGGACCCCUGAGAGCCUGGGUGGCUUGAAUUUGCUCCGCUUCAUGGACAACACAGAAAGUCUGAUGCAUGAACUACUUACUGAGCAGCGCUGGAACCAAGUGUUACAGCCUAAUCCUGGUCUCCGGCCUCAGGACUCAGAGCCUGUUUGUGGCUGAUGUACAUACACAGAGGGGCCUGCUGAGGAGCAGACCUCUGGAGGAAAAUAAUGAGUUUAACUUGUUAAUAUUGCACUGUGGGAGAAUGACGUAUGAUGCUUGCAUUUGCAUGAAUUCUGUUGAAAGCCAGUCUUGAUAACAUGAGAGAGGUUUCUACCAUAGACUAUAUUUCAUCAGCAUUAGGUAAAGUCAGGGUCAAAAUUAGGUGCAGUAUUAUGCAGAACAGGAGGAAAGUUGGAGAAAAUGUUUUCCAUCGCUACUCCUAAGGACUGUAUUUCAUUUAUCAAUUGUAUCUUCAGUCACAAUACUUGUUUUAAAAGGUCUUUCGUAUUUAAUCCCAGUCAAGUAGGAGUCAAUUUACUCUGAUCCAGCUGCAUGCACACAGCACAGGAAGGUCAGAUGAUAAAAGGGGUUCUUGCUCUCUCACUUGUGCACCCCAAAUACAUGUAAAGACUGUUGGAAGAGCAGUAUCCCCCCGCUGGAAGUCUGUAUUUAAUGGACUUAGAGACUGAAACAUUACAGUGCAUCUAAAAUAUUUCAGAACUGUAUGUAAAUAUGGCUCUGCUACCACUAAUAGUGAACUUAAAAUGCAAUUAUUUAAAUGAUGUAAUCUAGUGUAUUUCAAAAUUUAACUGAAAGGAACAAUUUACAUUGUCCUGUAGAGAAAACAUAAAAGGUUUUAAUAAUUAUGUUUCAAUGACUUUAGGUGGGUAUUUUUUAUAAGAAAUAUUUGGGUUUUCUGGAGUAGAUAUUUCAUUUGAUGUGAGUGACAUUUGAGUGAACGCCUGCCUGUGUCUCAUGAACAGAAUUCAGAGGUAGUCCUAAUGAAACUGGGAGAACAGUGGUGCCCUGCUGCCCUAAGAAACAGUAACUGGCACGAAGAACUGUGUCUUGCCUGGGCAGGUCAGGCCCCUGUACAUGAGACGUGAGAGCUGAAAUUGAGACCACAAACCUCCCCUGUAAGGUCCAGCCUCUCUCAGUUCCUCGGCAGGGAAAUUACUUGAAGAUGAGCGAUGGUAAAAGGCAAAAAGGCCCUAACCUUUUCAGCCUGACAUUACCACUGACUGUGGCCCUACGAUUACACCAUCAGCAAAAUGUCACGCUGCGACUAACACGACAAAGGCCAUGUUACAGCCCGAGAGGCUAAAUUAAAGGAGCCUGAAUUUUGGUUGGCGAAUCUCAGAGAACAGUCCUUAAAUGUUCAUUCAGUUCCCCAGGGUAAGGACGAAGCCAAUCAGCAGUAUUCGCCAUCAACAAGAUACUUCUGAUACACACAAGGAGCAUAUUUGUGUAUCUCUCCAGAGAUCAGCAUCAGCUAGCUCACAGACAAAGGCAGACAGGGAUGUCUCUACAAAGGUGGGUAGGCUCUGAUCUGUAAGGUUCCCAUUGACCCAACACUUAAGUAGGCCUCCACGGUGUAUCCCUCUGCUGCAGCUGCUGGAGCUCUGAUGCUUAAGAAGAUACCAGCAGUGAAACAUGGUUGCUGGCUGCAUUUAGUGCUUUGUUUUGUCCAUGAGAAAAUAGGAGUAUUUGCGUCCUCUGGAGACAUUGCAAACACAUAUCCAAGAUGAGGGUGGCAGCACGCUGCAGUGAGCCAUAGCUGGCAAAAUGCCUGUCAGGGCAGCAGCACAAGUGAGCUGGCAUUCCCUCCAGCUAUUUCUAGCUGUUAGACAACAAAUUGUUUGUUCCCCAAAACAUGCACUGAACAGCCAGUGAAUAGCAUGAGGCAUUUAUUUUAAUUUGUUGUUUGUUUUUCAAAUAAAUUGACACAAAAGCAGAGCAGCUGCUGGAUGAAGACUUCGGCGAUGCUCUCAUGACAGAUCCUCAUCGAACCGCCUUUGAGCCUCAUUCUCAUACCAUGCAAAAAACAACAGCUUGUUGUGCCUUCAUUUUCCUCCCACGAUCAGAGCAAUGCAGCAUCCUUCUCUUCAUUACCUCCUGUGGCAGUUGUGUUAAGAGAAGACAUAAGGACAGUAAGCAUAAUAUAUUAUCCAAAUGGCAAGUGGCUUUCACAGCCACAGAGAGCUGCUGCUGCGUCCUGAGAUGCCAAUUACUUUACAGUGUUUUUCCAGUUCACUCCAAUUCACACUCAAAACCAGAGGUGAACUGUUGGUACACUCAUAUAUUUAAAUCAAGCUAUGGCUGGUCUCCUUGGCUGCUCCAAAAGGUUAGGGAACAAUAAGUAUAUGGAAAAGGUCUAAUUUUCAGUAUCAAUCUUGCAUUUGGAUGAUCAUUCUGUUUUCCAGGUUCUGGGUUCUUCUAAUUAUGACAGGAAAUAGGCAGUGUUUGCAGCAGCCUGCCUGGCUAUUUCCUCUGCACCAAGCACACUCCCCAAAGAAAGCCCAUAAAUAAUUGCCCUGUGUUGAGUUACGAACAGAACGCGUACUUGGUGCUGUAGCCCUGUCCUAAAACAAGGGAACAGUACAAGCUCUUAGGUCUGGGACAUCUGCUAUGGUAAGGGACAGACUGAUUGUGGAACAUGCCCCACUAGACAGUUGUGUUUUGAAUGUUAUCUUCUAUGUAUCCAGUGUGUACUCAGCUGCUUGCCUGCUUUUAAAUUACAGGUGUUGAAGGGAGCACAGCACUGAGCGGUCUCUUCGGCCCUGCAAACACUCGUGCUGUGGGGUGAGCCUGCACAGGAAGGGUGAGCAGUGCCAGCACAUUAACGUGGCAGUAAGUUUCCAUAAUCCUCAAGUACCUUUUUGAACCUGGAUGGUCUUUCUCCUGGCAAGUUGCAGGUCUUUCAGUAUCACAUGCACACAUCUUCCUGGGCAGCCCUAGAGAUUAGCCAUGCGGUGUUUUUCCAUUUCUGAUUAACCUGACAAAAUGCUGUCAUAACACGUGGUACUUGGAAGCAGGCUACAAGCCAAGGAAGUCAUUAUUUGUUCCAAACUGGCUUUCUUAGGGCUGUACAAUACUUUUAUGCCUCUCAAAAUUCAUGUCUGACAAAACUAAGAUUACUUUUCAAGACUCCUUCCAACUAAUCUUGUUGGUAUAAGGAGGACAGAAGGAAGAGAGAUCCUUCUGGAUAAAGGGGGAAAAAAAGAAGAAAGUCACAUUACUCCCUUAAUUCAUCACAACUCAUAAAGAACCAUUAGCAGGAAUUUAGUAUGAAUCUUACUGGUAACUUACCGGGGAAAAAAAAAAGUGGGAAGAAAUUGUCAGUCUGUAUCACAGAGUUUGAGAUCAAAAGGCACCCAGAAAGACAAUGCUGGAUUAAGAUUUCCCCAUGAGAUCAGGACCCAAAGACAGAAAGAAAAUCCACUUCAGGAGUAAGCAUGCUGGGUGGGAAAGCCUGGGGAAAAAAGAACAACAGACAGGAGAAGAUAAAGAGUAACAGCUUUAGAAAGCAGAGACUUCUGCUUUAGAGAAAUAUCUGUUUUUUAGGCUGAAGGAACUGGUGAAUCUCAUUCUGUCCCCAGUGUCUUCAGGGGGACAAGGAUUCACAUCUUCUGGCAUCACGUCAAAGAUACCUCUUCAGUGUUUAUGGAUAAAGCAUCUUUUUGGGAUGUCAGUUUUGGUUCCUCUUAGUACACAUGCUGAGGAUCUUACAUUUUCCCCAACAGAAGCAGUUUGGACGUUUGUAUACCUAUAGUGUGAAUGUGCAACUGAACAAACGUUCAGACAAGAGCAUGCUCCCCCUUCUUUCAAGCAAGGGCUUGUUUUGGGACAGUCACUCUCCCCUCAGGCAGGGCAGUGCCCCAGUGAUGGCUGCCCAGAGCAAGCCAGAAGUGGCAACGAACACAGGGAGAAAAACCUGCCUGGAAAUAUGUAUCUUAAGUAAUUUAUCCCUGGCCCACAGCAAGUGUACAAGAGAUGCUGUGCCAUAAAUGACUGUUCCUUUCAAAGUCAAACGCUUAGUGACACCCCUUGAACUGAACAGGCAGCCAGCUCUCUAGACAGCCUCUACAUUUUAACGGCGCUGCACCACAUGACCAAACAGCAGACAGUCCUCUGAUGAGGGAGGAUGGCUGCUGAUGAGCAGCCGAGGUCAGUAUCCACACGCAGACCCAGGAGUCAUCCAUGUUUACUUUCUGCUCUUGUUAAUUGCCUUGGUGUGUAAUGACUUUACUGGCUGAAAAAGGGGAGUAAGGUUCUACAGCACAGAAGGCAUUGCUUUGCAGUAAAGGAAGGUAUGUUGUUUGCCCAUAGAGAAAAUCCUCAGCAGUUCCUAACAACUGGAAGCAGUUAAUGACUGCAAGAAAAUCAGACAACUUAGCAGAUAGCACUACAGCUCAGCAAACACUUAAAUCAGGUACCACAGGGUGAGGAAGGAGCCUCCCUCUGUGUGCUGGCACAUGGUGUGCAGCGCUGUGCAGUGAACCGGGCUUGGAGCAAGCACCUCUGAAAAGGAUUGUUUCAGCUAGAGCUGUUCCUUAAUCCAGUUCAUUGCACAAAGAUGUGUGCUGGCACCAAAAAAGGGCAGUCUGGAGGUGAUGAUGUGCCCUUUAACAACUGCCAGCUCAAAGAGGACGCUGGGCUCAGGCUGCAGUUUAUCAAUUCCAACAGACAGAGCCAGUUAAACAACCACCCUGACGUCUCCGCUGCAUCCUGUGCUAUGGCACUGCUCACCCCUAUUUCCUGAAUGGUUUCAGGUCAGUACUUUCAUUGAUCUGAAAGGAUUGAACAGGCAGUGCUAUCAACAAAUAACAGUUAAUCAACUAUUUGAGCGCCCUUUUUACUGAAGCAAAGAAGCAGCGGAGAAAUGACGUCAAGAUGGAGGAAAAAAGCUGUAAGCAAACACAAAGACAAUCCAAGAGAGUGCUUGCUGGAACACAUUUCAGGCCAAAGUGGUUCAGAGAACAGCUGUGCUGGCUGUUGAGUCAGACUCUCUGGUGCUCCUGCACUGACUCACUGCCUCCCCUCCCAGCUGCCCGCACAUGCUGCAGUGUUCAGUACCAAGUAGGAGUUAGUUCGGACUUCUAUUAUGAGCCAUCAAGCUUCUGCAGCCUUCAGAGCUCUGCCUCUCCUUGGCAUUCCUGCUCAGGAACAUGAUUUAGCAGAAGGUUGUUAGAGUUAGGGUUGUAUGGUUAGGCUGUGGUUGGAUUCUAUGAUCUUUAAGGUCUUUUCCAACCUGAGUGAUUCUUUGACUCACCUAUUCCAUUACUGCUGGGAAAGGGAAGGGUCAGAGAGGAGAGACCUCCAACUCAAUUCUGAGUCUUCCCUUCUUUCCUCUGCUCCCAACUGUGGGACAUAAGUACAGCUUAUUUAGCACCAGCAUUAAGAGCAGAUUCACCACCCAGGCCAGGAGAUCCUACGAGCUAUCUGUCCAGAGGAAGCUGCAGAAAGAUGCACGUACCCAUCUUUUCCUGCUGCUGCUCAGGGAGAAUGUUUGCUGUUUCUUUUUCCCUUCCCCAGACCCAGCUUGGGAAAUACGCUAUGCAGAUUGCCUAUUGCAAGUAAUGUUUUUCCAGAGAAAGAUGCUAAGCUCUCACAGAACCUAGGAACAGGAAAGAACAAGGGGUUUGCUAAACACCCGAGGGGGAGGUGACACUGCAAUGUCAGGCACUUGCUCUUCAUACAGCCUUUGACAAAACAAUGCCAUGACUUGCAUACUUUAGAAGCACUGAGACUUGCUCUUCCAGUUGUCCCUCUCACAGCUCCUGCAUGUCUGCACGUGUGGCACAACACUGCUGUCUCACCAGCUGCAGAAAGCCACAGGAGAUGCAGAAGCUGGCAGAUCUGGCAUCUACUGAGAAACUGUUUAAGUAUAUGGGAUUCCACAUCAGGAAGCAGAGCUGUUCCAUGACCAAACACAUCGAGAGCUGCUGUGACACUAAGCCAGCGCAAAGCCUUAACACAUGUCCUGCAACAAGAAACCCAUCCUGCCAGUGGCCUCACAUCCCAAGCCCACAUGCCAAGAACUCUUCAACCUGAGUGGCACCAGUCUGAUGCUCAGGAAGCCUCUAAUUCCUCUGCUCCCACACAUUUCCUGUGUAACCUUGGUCCCAGUCUCAGCCUUAGGGCGUUGUUUCAUGAGGCUUUGCUUUUGAUGGUGGAACUGGCUUAAUUCCUUCCUUCCUCCCACCUCCACAGGGUUGAAGUGAGAAAGAAACAAAUAGUGGCACAAGGUGAGAACAAACACACACUUUUAAAGCUAGACUCAGCACCUAGGGCCUCAGGAAGUUAUACCCUCAUUUUCCUCAGCCGUGAUAGGGGGACACUGCUAUCUGCCUAUGUUAUGUGGCAGGAUGAGGACAAAUGUUAAAUAUUAUGAGACGCUCUGAAGAUAAACCUUGCUGCAUCUUGGACAUGGCAUUAAUAGCCUCCUCUAUAUCUCUCCAUUUUAACUUGUUCAACAAGUCAAAAUUAGUUAUUUUUUUAAGCCUAUCAAGUCUGUGUGCAGCUUGACUAGCGCUCUGCUUGCCAGCUGGUGAUAGUGCUCCAUUUAACAGCAUACACCCAAAGUGAGCCCACAUACAGAUGAAGGCUGAAUUUGAACUAUGGUACUUCAAGUUAAGCUCCCAGGAAGGAAAGACAGGAACAUCAGAUAAUCAGACAACAGGCAGAGUUACCAAAUGGCCAAAGAACAGUUUUUAUUGGCCAAUGUAACCAAGAAAUCAUUUUCUUCCAAUAAACAAAAUAAAAACAUAACUGAAACAAUGGCAAAUAUUUGUCAACUAAUUGAAACACUAACUAACCCACGUAAGCUUGAUUGUUCAUAUUCAUCCUCUGGAAAUAUUCCUCCUUCUAAACAAGCUGUUUCUCUCCCUUGCGCUACUGCACCCCCUAAAGUAAGAAAGUGGAAAGACUCAAAGUCAUCGAGGACAAGAGAACAAAUGCACUGGGAGGUCUGGAUCUGUCCAUUUGCACAGAUGGAAAAGGCUGUUGGUAUCUGCAAAUAUCUCACAUGCAAAGUAUCUGACACUAAUAAUUUCCAUUUUGGGGGGAAUACAUUUUACUAUGUGAACUUUUUUUUUUUUUAAAGCCCAGGAAACAGUACAGUCAUGGCCUAUACAGGUUGUUAAAACACAAAUCCUACCUGCAGUUUGUCAGUUAACAUUUCUCUAUUCAUAAACUUUGCUAAUUCAAAAGAAAAUAAAAAGCUACAGAGUUCCCAAUGUAAAUGAUCAUGUUGAAACUCAACAUUGACUCAUGUCAGUAAAUGAGACAGCAGUCAGUGAAAGCAGAUAGUUGAGAAAGCCUUGUACACUCUGGUAGCAGGCACCUCGGAGGGAAAAAUGAGUAAGAUGCACCCAGGUGUAAUACACUGAUUCCAAGGGCAGAUACACUAAAUGGAGCCAUUCUAAAAGAUCUGGUUAAUAGAAGUUAUGCAAAUCUGUUCAACUUAACUGAAGUAGGUGAAAAUUAAAAAAAAAA